AUGAGAAUAGAAACAUCUGUUUUUGUAGCGAACCAUUGUUUUGAACCACAGCCAGGGCGCGGCUUAUGGUUUGGGACGUUGAAAUCUAAUAUGUCUACAGGUGGCAGUGCUCGUCGGACUGAAGUGACAAGCGCCAAAGUGCGAAUUAAAGCCUUUCCUCCUUCGAUAGACGAAAGAUAUGCAAAUCAGUUAUGGGAUCAGAUAAAAAGUGCGAUUAUUGAAAUUCAGAAGAAAAACAAUAGUUGUUUGAGCUUUGAAGAAUUAUACCGAAAUGCGUACACUUUAAUUUUACAAAAACAUGGAGAACGUUUGUACGCGGGCACUGAAGCCGUUGUCCGUGAACAUAUGAUGAGGAUUCGUGACAGUAUUGUUGAAAAUCUAAAUAAUAAAUUUCUAACUUACCUCAACUCCUGUUGGAAAGAUCAUCAAACUGCUAUGGGAAUGAUUCGCGAUAUUCUCAUGUAUAUGGAUCGUGUCUACGUUGGCCCUCAUAAUCUAGAUGGAGUCUAUAAAAUGGGGAUGACAGUUUUCUGUGAUCUUGUGGUACGUCAUCCUGUAAUCCGAGAACACUUGCAGAAGACACUUUUAGACAUGGUUCGAAGGGAGCGUCGAGGUGAGGCAAUAUCACGCUCACAGAUUCGUGAUGCCUGUCAAAUGUUUGUUCAAUUAGGAGCCGGUUCACUACGUGUUUACCUUGAGGACUUUGAGCGACCAUUUUUGGAACAGUCUAGGGAAUUUUAUCGUGCUGAAAGUGAAAAUUUCUUGGCCGAAAACUUCUCCGCUUCUCUCUAUAUCAAAAAGGUUGAACAGAGAAUCGAGGAAGAAAUUAGACGAGCGCAUAAUCAUCUUGAUCCGUCUACAGAGCCCAAAAUUGUUGCGGUUUUGGAGGAGGAACUUAUAAGUCGGCACAUGGAAACUAUUGUAGGCAUGGAAGAUUCAGGGCUAACAUACAUGCUAACUCAUGACCAUUUCAGUGACAUUGCUGCUAUGUACAGUGUUCUUAGUAGGGUUGAAGAAGGACCAAAGAUAAUGAGCAACUGUAUUAGUCUUUAUCUGAGAGAGCAAGGCAGAAAUAUCGUCUGUGACACUGGCGCGUCAACUCCUCAACAGCAUAUUCAGGAUCUACUGCGAUUGCGUGAUCGUGCCAACGAAUUGCUAGCAAGAGCACUAAAUAAUAAGACAAUAUUUCGUAAUCAGAUAAAUUCUGACUUUGAGUACUUUGUCAAUUUAAACCCCCGCUCACCUGAGUUCCUGUCGUUAUUUAUUGAUGAGAAACUUAAACGGGGUACUAGAGGAAUGGCAGAUUCGGACGUUGAUGCUAUUUUCGAUAAAUGUAUUGUAUUAUUCCGAUAUUUACAAGAAAAAGAUCUUUUUGAAGGUUAUUACAAAAAGCAUUUGGCCAAGAGGCUGUUGUUAAGUAAAAGUCAGUCAGAUGACCAAGAAAAGAUAAUGAUAUCCAAACUCAUGGCAGAAUGCGGUGCCGUAUACACUAGUAAAUUAGAAGGAAUGUUCAAAGAUAUGGCGAUAUCUAAAACUCUCAUGGAUGAGUUUAAUGGUGUACUAACCAACAGCAAUCACAAUUUCGGCUUAGAUUUGUAUGUUCGUGUAUUGACAACUGGACUUUGGCCGACUCAGGUAGCUAGUUCCAAUGAGGUAUUACCAGAAGAAGCCGAUGCAGCAUUUAAGGUUUAUAAAAGCUUCUAUUUAAAUAAACAUAAUGGUCGAAAAAUUAAUCUUCAAACAAAUAUGGGUUAUGCGGAAUUGUCCGCUGUAUUUUAUGGUCGUCCCGGUACAGAAACAAGCAUACCUCAGAAUUCUGUGGUUGAUUCACACACCCAAGGUUUUCUUAUGCGUGGCUCCAGUUCUGGAUCUUCAAAUCAAAUGAACAGUCAGUGUAGUCAACCUGUGACAAGCAGUGGAUUGCCAAGCAGUCCUGGAGGUCCAAACACACUUGAUCCCUCUAAUUCAUUCAGUUCUUCUAAUCGAUCGAAUGUACGAAAGUAUUUCUUACAGGUUUCAACAUAUCAAAUGAUAAUAUUGAUGAAGUUUAAUCGACGCAAACAAUACACCUUUGUUGAAUUGGCCAAUGAAACAAAUAUUCCCGAGCGUGAAUUAAAGCGUAGUCUUAUGGCUCUAGCUUUAGGUCGUUGUAAUCAAAGAAUCCUGUGUAAAGAGCCUAAAACACGCGAUAUUGAACCAAAUGAUAUAUUCUAUGUGAAUGACUCAUUCAUCUCUAAACAUAUCAAAGUGCGGGUGCAAAGUAUCACUGUUAAAGAAAGUGAACCAGAACGCCAAGAAACUAGGACAAAAGUGGACGAGAAUCGACGUUAUGUAAUCGAAGCAACUAUAGUCAGAGUUAUGAAAGCCCGUAAAACACUGAGUCAUGGACAGUUGGUUGUUGAAGUUAUUGAACAACUGAAAUCACGAUUUGUACCUACUCCUCUGAUGAUUAAACAGCGUAUUGAAUCCCUUAUUGAACGUGAAUUUCUCGCUCGAAUGGAAGAUGAUCGUCGUGUUUAUAGAUAUUUAGCUUAAUUGGUCUCUUAACUUUUUUCCUUUUUUUCGUUUUUUUUUUGAAGACAACUUGUAUCUUUCAAGUAAUACACACACACACACACACACUUACACACAUAUAUACAACCAUUCCUUCAAAUUAUAACCCGUGCGAAUCGCCGUUCAACGUUUGUGUUUUUUGUGAAGUGUACGUUUUCGCUAGUUUUGGGAUAUAUACAUAUAUAUACUACCUUGUACUUUUCAAAUCUUCCAUAGCAUCUCGUGUGUCACAAGCAAUAUUCUAAAUGACUAAAUGCCAGAUUGUUGAUUUCGAAAUGAUCUAUCUAUUCAAUCAAAUCUCUAUUUGUUCUUCAUGAAUAAAAUAAUCAAUCUUCUAAUGUUUCCGUACAAUUAUAAUUACCUGCCUACACUGACAACUGUGCUCAUCUCUUCUCGCUCUCUCUCUCCCCCUUUUUGUCAAUCUUAUGCUUGGUUUCAUUUCCUUUAGUUUUUUCUCUCUUCUAAUUAAACUUUUUCCUAGGCGUACUUGCCUACAUAAAUUACGUGUGAUCGGGAUUUGAUUUUUUUCUCUCUCUCACUCUGUGUAUGUACAUAAUUUAUUAGUUGCUUCAGUCCUUCAAAAUUUUGUGCAUUUUGAGGUGCAUCAUACUUCUGUUACUACUGCUACUACUACUACUUACAUGUGAUCUUGGAGAAGGCAGUCUAAAAAUAGUAAUUGCUCAGUUCCUCUUUCCCUCUCUCUCUCUCUCUCUCUCGCCCUUUUGUAACAAAAUGGACGAUUUUUUCACGAUGUACGCACCAUUGCAUGUCAUCCGGAUAAAAAAAUAGUCGCCUAAUGUCUCACUCACUCUCUCUCUCUCUUUCCCGCCUUUUUGCUUUAACACUAAAAUAUCUUGUCCUCGACGCCACCACCUCACCACUCCCCGAUUGUUGUGACCUGGAGAAACACGAAAAAAAAUUUCUUCGGUGUGUGUGUGUAUUUGUGCAAAUGAACUUCCUUCUAUUAGAAGAAGAAAAAGAAAAAAAGACGGGAACGGAGGGAAAUCACUGGCUGUGUUUUCUUUUUUUGCAGAGAAAAGUGUCCAAUUCCUCUUUCUCCAUUUCAUCCAGUUUAUUAUUAUUACUAUUGAUCUCAUAAUCUAAUUUGCCUUAGCUGCUGUUGCUGCUGCCGCUGUACACAUUGUGACGGUAUGAAACUGUGUCCUGUCCUGUCCUACACCGCCAAUGGACAGUUUUUCUUUGUCCUCAUUUUUGUUUAUAAACAAAUAUUCUUCCC